AUGCAGCCACACUGCAUAAGGCGAACUUCGAAGCGUUGUAAUCUAGAUGCAACGUUAUCUAUCUCGAAAAUGUAUCAACUUCAUAAAGAAAAGUGCACUGAAAAUAAUAUGUGUCCGGUUUCUGAAAUAACGUACAGGAGAAUAUUUUGUAACCAUUAUAAUUUUAGUUUUUUUGUUCCAAAAAAGGAUCAAUGUUUAUUAUGCUCUAAUUUCAACAAAGCUAGUAAUGACGAAAAAGUAGUGCUAAGAGGGGAGUAUGAGGACCACUUAGCAAGGAAAGAGUUCUGUAAUUCAGAAAAAGCGAAGGACAAAGAAAGGGCACAGAAAGAUGAAGAGUUUUUCUGUAUAACAUUUGACUUACAAGCUGUGUUACAGAAUACAGAUACCUUCUGGGCUGGUGGGGCAGCUUUAUUAUUGUCGAAAACUAUGUGUUUAUAA